UUUAGCAUCACGAUGGAAAGAGUCCAGAUCUCACAGCCGGAUCCACAGAUGAGUUCUGGAGCUUUGAUUCAUGUGUCACAUUACUUGAGUGACCUGCGGUUCAGAGUCUGGAGGAAGAUGCAGGAAACUCUCCAACACACUCCGCUGACUCUAGAUCCAAACACAGCAGCUCAUUCGCUCACACUCUCUUCUGAUUUGACCAGUGUGUCGUACAGUAAUGUAUAUCAAAAUCUUCCUGAUAAUCCAGAGAGGUUUGACAAGUAUCCAUGUGUUCUGGGUUCUGAGGGCUUUAACUCAGGAACACACUGCUGGGAUGUAGAGGUUGGAGACAAUACUUACUGGAUUGUUGGAAUAACCACAGCAUCAAACCAAAGGAAGGGAGACGUUUUCUUUAAGUCUAAUGUCUGGCGCGUGCAGUACAGGAACAGCAGAUACAGCUCACAAUCCUCAGAUCAACCCUUGACUCGCAUUACAGUUAAAGAGAAGCUGCAGCGUGUGAGAGUUCAGCUGGACUGUGACAGAGGAAAGGUGUCCUUCUCUGAUCCUCUAACUAACAUCUGUCUCUGCUCAUUCACAACAACCUUCACAGAGACUGUCUUUACAUUCUUAUAUAAUCUCUGCAAAACUUCCCCUCUGAGGAUCUUACCAGUUAAACUGAGUGUAACAACAGAAAAUCACAGUUAAAUCUCAUUCUGCUUUUAGAUAAAUUAAGGUACAAGAAUUUGUUGUUUUCAUUGUUUUGCAUUUUAUGGUUAUUAUGGUAACUAAUGGAUAUUAAACAGCACAUAUCUGAAUAUAUAUGAAAUUAUAUUUUUAGGUAAAAAACCCCAAACAAACAGAAGUAGCAAUAGAUUUUCUUUCCGUGUAUUGACCU